AUGUUAUGGAAAUGGCCAUAUAAUUUUCGUAAAGAUACGAGUGUUGUCAGAUGCAAGAGACAAUAUAGAAACAGACACUCCCCGUGUGUAGCUCAAGGUCGUGACGUGACGUCGCCAGUCGGCAACAGGCGGUGCCUACGCCAACUAAACAACGCAACAAGUGCCCCUCGCCCCCGCACUUCACAUACCAUUCGCGAAACACCAGCCGUCAUAGAAUUACGCCAACCAAAUUUUGUGGUAAGGUUCGAAAGAAACGCUUUGAACUUUGAUUCGAUGCGAUAUCAUCGAUACCUACUACUAAAACUGGGUAAUUUUUGUAUGUCAAACCAAUUAAUUUAUCUUCCUAACUCGUCGUAUAUUCCCUGUCUAGGAACUCACUUACUGAGAUAG